CCCGUCGACCGACGCCACCGCCCCUCCCCCUCCCCCUCCCCUCCGCCGCGUGCUGCCUACGGAUUCCAGAAAUUACAGUCCGAUAUGGCGACACCCUACACACCUAAGAGCAUCCUCAUUACAGGAGCUGCUGGUUUCAUCGCUUCCCAUGUCACAAACCGCAUUGUACGGAACUACCCUGAUUACAAGAUUGUCGUCCUUGACAAGCUUGAUUACUGCUCCAAUCUGAAGAACCUUCUCCCUGCCAGCUCGUCACCGAACUUCAAGUUUGUCAAGGGCGAUAUUGCAAGUGCUGAUCUUGUCAACUUCCUCCUGGUCACAGAGAACAUCGAUACAAUAAUGCACUUUGCAGCCCAGACACAUGUUGACAAUUCUUUUGGUAACUCCUUUGAAUUCACCAAGAACAACAUUUACGGUACUCAUGUUCUUCUUGAAGCUUGCAAGGUCACUGGGCAGAUCAGGAGGUUCAUCCACGUUAGCACUGAUGAGGUCUAUGGCGAGACUGAUGAGGAUGCAGUGGUUGGCAACCAUGAGGCCUCACAGCUGCUCCCCACAAAUCCUUAUUCAGCCACCAAAGCUGGAGCAGAGAUGCUUGUCAUGGCUUAUGGGAGAUCCUAUGGUCUGCCGGUCAUCACUACCCGGGGAAAUAAUGUGUAUGGUCCUAACCAGUUUCCUGAAAAGCUUAUUCCGAAGUUCAUUCUUUUGGCUAUGAGAGGAAAGCCCCUCCCAAUUCAUGGUGAUGGAUCCAAUGUCCGAAGCUACCUCUAUUGUGAGGAUGUUGCUGAGGCUUUUGAAGUCAUUCUUCAUCGUGGAGAAGUUGGACAUGUUUACAACAUUGGAACAAAGAGAGAGAGGACAGUCACUGAUGUUGCAAAGGAUGUCUGCAGGCUUUUCAAUCUUGAAGCUGAUAAAGUAAUCCAGUUUGUCGAUAAUAGACCUUUCAAUGAUCAGAGGUAUUUCUUGGAUGAUGAGAAGCUCAAGAGUCUUGGGUGGUCUGAGCGCACUAGAUGGGAGGAGGGCCUGAGGAAGACCAUGGAAUGGUAUGUAGCCAAUUCUGACUAUUGGGGUGAUGUUUCUGGUGCACUGUUGCCUCAUCCGAGGACACUGAUGAUGCCUGGGUGUGAGGGCUCUGAGGAAAUUAAAGGAAUGCUAAAUCUGUUUACUAACAAUCAAACGAAGAUGGUGGCUCCAACAUCAGAAGGUUCUUCCCAAACUCGUUCGCUCAAGUUCUUGAUAUAUGGCCGGACAGGAUGGAUUGGUGGACUUCUUGGCAAAAUAUGCGAGAAACAAGGAAUUCCAUAUGAAUAUGGAAAAGGUCGCUUGGAAGAGCGCUUUUCCAUUGUCCUUGAUAUCCAAACUGUUAAGCCAACACAUGUCUUCAAUGCUGCUGGUGUUACUGGCAGACCCAAUGUUGAUUGGUGUGAGUCUCACAAGCCAGACACCAUACGUACCAAUGUUGUGGGCACCUUGACUCUAGCUGAUGUUUGUCGGGAGCAUGGGUUAUUGGUGAUAAACUAUGCCACUGGGUGCAUAUUCGAAUAUGAUGCAAAUCAUCCUGAAGGAUCGGGCAUCGGCUUCAAAGAAGAGAAUAAACCAAACUUCACUGGUUCAUUCUACUCAAAGACCAAGGCAAUGGUUGAGGAACUGUUGAAGGAGUACGAGAAUGUCUGCACUCUGCGAGUCCGGAUGCCGAUAUCGUCUGACCUCAACAAUCCCCGAAACUUCAUCACAAAGAUUAGCCGUUACGACAAGGUGGUAAACAUCCCAAACAGCAUGACUGUGUUGGAUGAGCUUUUGCCGAUUUCAGUUGAGAUGGCAAAAAGGAACUUGCGGGGCAUCUGGAACUUCACCAAUCCUGGUGUGGUCAGCCACAAUGAAAUUCUGGAGAUGUACAAGAAGUACAUGGAUCCCAGCUACAAGUGGACAAACUUCACGCUGGAAGAACAGGCCAAGGUCAUAGUUGCACCUCGGAGCAACAACGAGAUGGACGCGGCAAAGCUGAAGAGAGAGUUCCCCGAGCUGCUAUCGAUCAAAGACUCAUUGAUCAAGUAUGUCUUUGAGCCCAACAGGAAGGUCCCAGCAACUUGAAAGCCAGAACAGGUAAUAAUAUAGGAAACAUAUACCAAGCACCAAAAGAUUUUAGGAAUCAUUCGUCGCGGCGAUUCAUUAGAAUGUUUUUACGAUACUUGGCAGCAUAUCUCUGUUACAGAUUCACAGCAUCAUUUGAACUAUAUAUUUGGCAGUCUGCUGGUCGCAGCAAAGAUAUCUUGUACCAUGAUUCUGUCAAGAAACGAACUAAUGCCGAGCACCUUUAAAUCCUCUUA